AUGAUAUAAUAGAUUAAAAAAUAUAACUAAUUAGGAGAAUUUUUAAGCUCUUCACUUUUAUCUCAUUAGGUCCUCUAUAUUGAUCUUAAUAAUAAAAUUGGUGCAAUCAAUGCAUUAGACUUAGGUUCUGCUUUAGCAAAUUGCAUUAAUCUCUCAAAUUUGACACUUAACCUUCGUAACAAUUAAAUUGGAGCAAUGGGUGCAUCUGCCUUAGGUUCUGCUUUAGCAAAUUGUGUUAAUCUCUCAAAUUUGACACUUGACCUUUUUAACAAUUCAAUUGGUGAUAAAGGUGCAUCAGGCUUAUGUUCUACUUUAACUAAUUGCAUUAAUCUAUCAAAUUUGACACUUGACCUUAAUGGAAAUGAAAUUAGUGCAAUAGGUGCAUCAAGCUUAGGCUCUGCUUUAGCAAAUUGCAUUAAUCUCUCCAAUUUGGCACUUAACCUUAUUAACAAUUAAAUUGGUGAUGAAGGUGUAUCAGGCUUAGGUCCUGCUUUAGCUAAUUGCAUUAAUCUAUCAAAUUUGACACUUGAAAUUGGUGGAAAUGAAAUUGGUGCAAAGGGUGUAUCUGCCUUAGGUUCUGCUUUAGCAAAUUGCAUUAAUCUCUCAAAUUUGAAACUUUACCUUAACUGGAAUAAAAUUAACGAUGAAGGUGCAUCAGGAUUAGGUUCUGGUUUAGCAAAUUGCAUUAAUCUCUCAAAUUUGACACUUGUACUUGAUGGAAAUGAAAUUGGUGCUAUGGGUGCAUCAAGCUUAGGCUCUGCUUUAGCAAAUUGCAUUAAUCUCUCAAAUUUGACACUUAACUUUCAUAGCAAUUAAAUUGGUGAUGAAGGUGUAUCAGGCUUAGGUCCUGCUUUAGCUAAUUGCAUUAAUCUCUCAAAUUUGACACUUGAACUUUAUAACAAUUAAAUUGGAGCAAUGGGUGCAUCAGCCUUAGGUUCUGCUUUAGCAAAUUGUGUUAAUCUCUCAAAUUUGAAACUUGACCUUUAUUCCAAUUAAAUUGGUGAUGCAGGUGCAUCAGGCUUAUGCUCUGGCUUAGGAAAAUGCAUUAAUCUAUCAAAUUUGACACUUGACCUUUAUGGAAAUGAAAUUGGUGCAAACGGUGCAUGCGGCUUAGGUUCUGCUUUAUCAAAUUGCAUUAAUCUCUCAAAUUUGGCAAUUCACCUUGGUAACAAUUAAAUUGGUGAUGAAGGUGCAUCAGGCUUAGGUCCUGCUUUAACAAAUUGCAUUAAUCUCUAAAAUUUGAUACUUGAACUUUAUGGAAAUCAAAUUGGUGCAAUAGGUGCAUUAGGCUUAAGUUCUGCUUUAGCAAAUUGCAAUAAUCUCUCAAAUUUGAAACUUUACAUUAACUCUUCUAUUAAUGAAUCAUAAAGAUUCCAAUUAUUAAGCAGGUGUCUUAAAUCAAAAAGAUUAGUUGUCUUAAAUUUCUAAUGA